AACAAAAUGGUAUCGCGUAGUUGUGAGGUUUGAGUAAAACCCUCAAAGCGUUGUUGGUGUUAGUUGAAAAUUGAGUAAUCAAUGACACAGAAUCCGAAGCACAGAGUGGGAUGUAGUGGUAAUAGUGAUAGGCCGUCGAAGAUAUCAAGAAUUGAGUAUCUUAGCGACGGUGACCGUGAUAGUGAAGAGGAAGAAGAAGAAGAAGAAGAAGAAGAAGAAAAGGCGGUGAUUGGUAAGCAAGAGGAAAGCAUGAGCCAAAACCCUAGAAUCCAACGUUAUUUGGUCGCAAUUGAGUAUAUUGGUACUCGCUUCUCUGGUUCACAGAAGCAGCUCACUUGCCGUACCGUCGUCGGUGUUCUUGAGGAGGCUUUUUGUAAAUUUGUUGGCCAGCCAGUCUCUGUCACUUGUUCAAGUCGAACUGAUGCUGGAGUGCAUGCCUUGUCAAAUGUUUGUCAUGUAGAUAUUGAACGGAUCAGUAAAAGGAGGCCUGGUGAAGUGUUACCACCUCAUGAACCUGCUGUGGUUAGAAGGGCUGUGAACCAUUUCUUACAGAAGCAUGACAGUGACUUAAUGGUUAUCGAUGUACGAUGUAUUCCAUCUGAUUUUCAUGCCAGAUAUAAAGCACAAGAGCGCACAUACUUCUAUCGCUUGCUGUCUGGGCCAGAGCCUUUGUCAACCUUUGAGAAAGAUCGUGCAUGGCAUGUACCUGAGGAGCUUAAUCUUCCCGCUAUGCAAGAAGCAUGCAGAGUUCUUGUUGGACACCAUGAUUUUAGUUCCUUCAGGGCAGCUGGUUGUCAGGCGAAAUCACCAAUUAGAACUUUAGAUGAACUCAGUGUCAGUGAGGUAAUUCAAAGUCCAUAUUUUCCAUCUCUAAUGGAUAGAGAACGACAUAAUAAAGUCAGCAAUGAUUGUCAUGGCUGCCACAGCAACUCUGAAAGUGACAUUCCUCUUAGCUCCAGUGCCAGCAUUGAUAAAGUAACGACAUCAUGUGAAGAUGUAGGAUUUGGCAAAAGAAGGCAGCAUCGUUGCUUGGUGGUAACAGCACGUGCACGUUCUUUUCUUUACCAUCAGGUUAGACUACUUCUUGGUGUUCUCAAAGCUGUUGGCACUGGAAACUUGACAAUUCCAGACGUUGAAAGAAUUUUGAAUGCGAAGACUGUAACAGCCGCAAGUCCAAUGGCCCCAGCAUGUGGUCUCUACCUGGGAGAGGUAAAAUAUGAUCUACCUUGUUAGCAGACAAUUUUGGUCCCGGAAACCCGCCAUGGACUCGAGUCAAGCUCCAUUUAGGUGUCAAACCAAUGGUACUGAAUUAGUCAAAUGUUUAAGUGUACUAUUUAUGAAAGAAUUUUAUUUCAUUCAAAAGUCCACUAGCAGUGGAAUUUUUCCUUUGUAUCUCCAAUUUUCGUAUAACAAUACCCU